GUCAACAACCACAACCAAUCUCCUACGCAUUGAUCUCCCCUUAUCAGUACAAUCUAGCAAGGGAGGUAAUCACUGUGAGAAGUUUGAACAACAACAACAACGAAACGAAACAUUUAAACACUUUUUUCUAUUGUGUUACAUUUGAAGAUGAAUUAAGCAGAGUAUGUUUGGACAGUUGGUAAUAGGGCCCCCGGGGUCAGGGAAAACAACAUAUUGUGCAGGAAUGGUUCAGUUUUUGUCUGGAUUUGAAAGACAGGUGGCAGUGAUUAAUCUGGACCCAGCCAAUGAUAUUUUACCAUACAAAGCUGAUAUAGAUAUAUCAGAUCUGAUUACAAUCUCCGAUGUGAUGGACACGUUAAAACUUGGACCAAAUGGCGGACUGGUAUACUGUAUGGAAUAUCUGGAGAAAAAUAUAGACUGGUUGAAGAAAGAACUUGAGAAAGUUAAAGACAAGUACCUGCUGAUAGAUUGUCCAGGUCAGGUAGAACUAUAUACACAUAACAAUGCGGUGAGGAAUAUUGUUGCGGAACUGGUCAAGAUGGACAUUAGAUUAGUGUCUGUACAUUUAGUGGAUUCACAUUAUUGUAGUGAUGCGUCAAAGUUUAUAUCCGUGUUGUUGACGUCCUUGUCCACCAUGUUACAGAUUGCCCUACCUCAUGUUAAUGUAUUAUCCAAGUGCGAUCUAAUAGAGAAAUACGGGAAGUUGGCGUUCAACAUUGAUUUCUACACUGAAGUUCUGGAUCUAUCAUAUAUCCUAGAUGAAUUAAAGGAAGAUGAAGAUUUUCACAGGUAUAAGAAGUUGAAUUCAGCAUUAGUGGAUAUUGUACAAGAUUACAGUCUGGUCACCUUUGUACCCCUUGUGGUAGAGGAUAAAGAGAGCAUGUUACGCGUAAUGCAAGUUAUUGACAAAGCUAAUGGGUACGUUUUUGGUGAUCUCGAAGAAAGAAACAUUCAAGAAAUGCUUUCAUAUGCAGCUGGUGCAAAUUUUGAAUACGACAAAAUCCAAAAUGUAAGAGAGAAGUACAUGGACACUGAUAGUAAACUAGAUGAUGUAAAUAAUGGAGGAGGUGAUGAAGAAGAGGCACAGGAAGUGGUAGACGUGGAUAAUGGCUGAACGUGAAAAAAAUAAUAAAUGAUAUUUUCAUCACAUAAACCAAGGCGCUGAAGUGUAAUAAACACAUUUUA